UGAGUCUUGAUUUCACCCACACACCAAUUUUAUUACUCCUCUAUCCUCAUCUCUCCUGGAGAGCCGGGGACGUAAUACCUACGUCAUUUCUGGUUUGAUAGAAAAAAACUGUUUUCUCACAAAAAUGACCCCAAAAGCCUAAAUAAUGUAUGUACAUGUGCAUUUUUAUUUAGAACAAGUUCCUAUUAUGUUUCUAAACAUUUGUUUAAAGGAGGCAACCUGCAAUAGGCUCUUUAAGCUUAUCUUAAAAGUAGAUAAGGUGUCUGCCUCACAGUCUAAAGCUGGGAGCUGGUUCCAUAGGAAAGGAGCCUGUUAGUUUAAAUAUCUGCCUCCCAUCCUUGUUUUAGAUAUUUUAGAAACCACCAUUUUUGUGUUUUCUUUCAUUUUUUGAGCAGUAAAUGUAUCAACUUAUCAACUGUGUAUGAAUCUUCUGGCACUGAGCCAUAAUGCUGACAGUUGCUCAGAGCAAACUUAUUUGACUUCAUGCACCUUUAAAGUAGUGGUUCACUUGUUUAAUCAAUAUGUUUGCAGUAGUCUGUAGUAGGAAUUAAUGUCUUCCAAGUCAUACGGGGUGGGGGGUUCAGGUGCAGGAAUUACAAGUCAGCUUCAGAUGUCAGGAUUUUGAGUCUUAUGUUUGAUAAUUCAGACAUCUUGCCUUGGAUUGGGCAAAAGCAAUAUGACUCUACCACUGAGUCUGUUGAAAAGAAUUUCAACUUUGAUGUUGUAUCUCGACAUGUAACACAUGCCUGAAGAAGUUUUUUUAUAUGUUCCCAUUUUGACCUUUUUGAACUAUUUUGUGUGUUUUAGUGAGUGUCACAGAGGUCAAACCACGCCAUAAGAAACGGGUGAACGACAGAGGAGGGGGAGAUGGAGUCCAUUUCACCUGAGCAAUCAGCCACGGUAGAUGAGCUGCUGGAGGGGUGCAUCCAAGCCUUUGGUCAAAAUGGCACUUUGAACGAUGCUUCCCUCGUUCGGAUGUUUCUCAUGAUGCACCCCUGGUACAUCCCAUCUACAGACAUGGCUAAGAAGCUGGUGCUCAUAUCUCAGGAGGAGAGCUGUUCUGCUGAGCGUCGAACAAGAAUAUGCCACCUUGUCAAGUACUGGAUUUCUGAGUUUCCCGCAGAGUUCAAUCUGAACCCCGAGCUAGCAGAUCAGAUCAAAGACUUUAAAGACUUUCUGACCACAGAGGGCGAUGAGCACCAGAGCCAGCUCAUUGAUCUGGACAGUGUGCCAUCAUAUGAAUGGAAACGGCAGGUGACUCAGCGCGUCCCGUCUGUGUCCAAGAAAAGGAAAAUGUCCCUGCUGUUUGACCACCUUGACUCAUGUGAGCUGGCUGAACACUUGACCUACUUGGAGUACAAAUCCUUCUGCAAGAUUCUGUUUCAGGACUACCACAGCUUUGUGAUGCAUGGCUGCACAGUGGAAAACCCCAUCCUGGAGCGCUUUAUCACCCUCUUCAACAGUGUUUCUCAGUGGAUCCAGCUUAUGGUGCUCAGCAAGCCCACUGCGCCGCAGAGAGCUGCUGUCAUCUCCCAUUUCAUCAGAGUGGCACAGCUCCUAGAGUUGCAGAACUUCAACACACUGAUGGCAGUGGUGGGGGGCCUCAGCAACAGCUCCAUCUCUCGUCUCAAAGACACCCAGAAUCACAUCAGCACAGAGACAAACAAGGUUUUUAACAACUUAAUUGAACUAGUGACGUCAUGUGGAAACUACAGCAGGUACCGCAAGAGCUUCUCUGAGUGUUCGGGCUUCAGAUUCCCCAUUCUUGGCGUGCACCUCAAAGACCUGAUCGCCGUUCAUGUGGCACUACCCGAUUGGGAAGACAAAGAGAAGAUGCGGGUUAAUCUGCCCAAAACCCAACAACUGUACACCAUCCUUCAGGAGCUGGCGAUCAUCCAGAACACACCUCCAAACAUAGACGCAAACACGGAUCUACUCAAUUUGCUCACAGUUUCUUUGGACCAGUACCACACAGAGGAGGAGAUCUACCAGAUGUCUCUACUGAGGGAACCUCGUAAACCAGUGAACUCGAGCCCUACUCCUGCUCCUGAACCCAAGUCCACCAUGAUUGAUGAGUGGGCCAUAUCAGUAAAGCCCAGCGCCGACCCGACAAUCAUCAAGAAACACAUAGAGAAGAUGGUGGAGUCUGUUUUCAAGAACUUUGACACGGACGGUGAUGGUCAUAUCUCUAGGGAUGAAUUUGAAGCAAUCAGGAACAACUUCCCUUACCUCAGCAAGUUUGGGGAACUGGACAAGAACCGAGAUGGGAAGAUCAGCAGAGAUGAGAUGAUUGACUACUUUCUGAAAGCCAGCUCUCUACUGAACUGCAAGAUGGGUUUCGUCCACACGUUCACAGAGACGACCUACGUGAAACCCACUUUCUGCGAGCACUGCGCUGGUUUUAUAUGGGGCUUCUACAAGCAAGGCUACAAGUGUAAAG